AUGAAAAAUGGGCGUUCGGCGGACUCGGCUUUCCUCUUCUUGGAGAUAGGUGUCUCUGGGUCCAUGGAGAGGGGCAUGCUUAGCUCUUGUAGCGAGGAGAGAGCAGCGUCUGAGUGUGCACGAGAGUUGGGGGCUGCUGACGUUAUAGCAAUUCGUACUGAUGUUUCCAAUGUUGAUGAAACCAUGAAUCGCUAUGGCUGUCUUUUCACAGUGGAUCAUCUGGUAAAUAAUGCUGGUGUCAAUCAAGUCUGUAUGUUGGAAGAAGUCGAUGAUAUUACUGAUCUCAGACCCGUAAUGGAUAUUAACUUUUGGGGUUCCGUUUAUACUACCCAGUUUGCCGCACCACACCUAAGAAACAGCAAGGGUAAGAUCAUUGCCCUUUCUUCAUCUGCUUCAUGGUUGCCUAAGCCAAGGAUGAGCUUGUACAAUGCAAGCAAAGCAGCAAUGGCACAACUUUUUGAGACUCUGAGGGUUGAAUUUGCACCGGACGUCAAGAUAACACUAGUGACUCCUGGGUUUAUAGAGUCCGAGUUAACCCAAGGAAAAUUCUUAACAGAGGGAGGCAAAGUGGUGGUUGAUCAAGAAAUGAGGGAUGUAAGUUUUUCUCCUUCGAUUUGUUGCUUCUCCUAA